CGAUAAAUCAACCUUGAGACUUUCCAAAUUAAAAAACUUUGAGAAAAUAGCAAAAAACUUAACCCGACAAAAGAAAAAAUCACUUCCUUUAGACGACGUCAAAUUAUCAGACAAACAAAGUUAAUUCCACUUUGCGUGCGAAAAUUUUAAAGUAAAACGAGAAAAUUACUUCAUUCAUUUAUUAAUGGAACGAAGAAAGCAAAAUUGGGGAGGAUCACUAAUGUACAAUUUACGGACAGCAACUCGUCACAACCCUCUUUUUCGUAGUUCACCGAACCUCAUGACUACGACAAGUUCAAGAGCAUUUUUGAGUGACGAUGACGACGAUUAUGGAUUCAUAACAAAACCCUCACCACCAAUACCAGCACCACCUAUUCCGCCUAUACCAUUGGAAUUUCAAGAAGAAUAUCAGAAGCGAUUAAAAGAACUACAAAACAAGGCUUACUGGGAAAGCAUAAAACGUCAGCUCACUGAUUAUUAUAGUCAGCACAAUAAAUCACAGCACCGUGAACGCAUGUCAGAUAUUCGAGGAUCGCACUAUGGGCCAGAAAUGGAAAAUUUUUCCAAAAAUUAUUUCUACAGCUUAUAUGAUAGUCCUUAUUCUGUCCUACAUUUACGUCCUUAAAACUUUGCCUAAGUCGACAGCAUGUCCGAGAUAUGGCACUUCAAAGUUGGUCAGACGACCAUUUUCACGUUACAUUGAAAAUGCUCUCACCAGUCACUGGAUGGAUGAAUCUCCUUCAAUUUUUUUUUGGUAAUAGCUUUAAAUAGUUCCUUCAUUUUAAGGUAUAAACAAUUGCAAAAAACUUUGGAAAAUUUUGUGAAAAACUUGAUUUUUCUCAAAAACCACGUGUUCGUCAUACUUCCGUUUGUGUAGGUCUUCACAAGCACAACCAAAGUUACUAAUUUCUUUUUUAUAUUAAAGAUUACAUCAAAAGCUAUAACUUUUGCAUACAUGUCGUAUAAUUUUAACAAAGUUUUGGUAGUGAAAAAAAUUUUUUUUAUAAAAAAAACACCAAUUUUUUGACAAAAAUCGCUGUAGUGCUCCAGGGAUACCCAUGGUAGUGGAAUUUUAUUUCACAUUUAGAAAGCUCUCUGGAUAUGCUAUCAAUUAAUGCAGUAAAAUGAACAAGUGUUCUCUUGGCAAAGAGCACUUUUUUGACUCUGAAAGUCGUAUGUCGAGCAAGGUCAAAAAAGAAAAAUAAUCAUAAAAAUUUCAGUUUUAAGUAAAAUUUAAUUUUUUUAAGUUAGAUUGAUAGAUCUUUUUAAAACGCGUCUUUUGAGUAUAAAUAUGUCAUAGUUUUGUCAAGUUUCAUGAUCAGUUUUUUAAAAAAAUAGUUUUUUUCAAAAAAAAACUUGAAAAAUAAAGUAUUUGACUUUAGAAUUUCAUAAAAUGCAUUCUUUUUAACAUUUUUUUCACUAUUUUGUCUAGUUUUGCUCCUCGUUUUUUCCUAAACAUAAAUCAAUAAGAACUUAACAUAAUUGAAGCCAUUUGGAGGUUAAAUUGAGUUAAAAAUCGUUUAAAAUUUUUGUAUUUCUUAAAUAGUUCUUUACACAAGUAUCUAAGAUAUAAAGUGUUGCAUAGUUUUGAAAAGGUAUUAAAAUUUCCAAUAUGUUAACAUGAAAAUUUUAGGAAAAUUUUCAAGUAAUAUAGUCAAUUUGGGUAAAAAACGCAUUUUAUAUAUGCUAGUUUUUAAUGUUUUUCGUUUUUCUCAGCAAAGACUUUAUGAAAAACUCUCAAAGUUUGCACACUUAUUUGUUAUAUAAAUGUUAAUGACUCGUAUAAGUUUUGGAAUUUUCUAUUGAGUUUUUCAUGAGUUCUCCAAAUCUGAAAUUUUCAAUAUUAAAAAUCCUUUUUUCUCAAUAAUUCCGAUUUUUUAUUUAUAAAUAAAUAUCUUAUUUUGUUUCAUUUUUCAAUAUCUUUUCAUUGAUAUGUAACAAUCUACGAAAAAAAUAAGACUAGCGAGAAAUCAAUAAAAAAAGUGUCAAAAAUUUAUGAAAAUUCUACGCUAUUUUAAUUUUUUAUCCUUUUCUGGUUAAUUUUAUUAAGUUUUGUAAGAGUAUUAUACCUUUUUGCAAAUUUAUAGCUUAAGACUUUCAUCUGCUUUCAUCCACUAAAAUUCGUAUGAGUCAACGAUAAGCACAACUGAAGUUAAAUAAGCUUCACGUUGGCGACAAAAGACAGUUCCAUAUGAAGAAAACCAGAUAUUAAUUUUAAUGCUAUUUGAGCUAUAAUAUUAAACUUUUUCAUUUAGUUUUGUUAUAAAUGUUUCAUGUAUUUAAUAGCAGCCUGAAGAUUUAAUUUAAAGCUUUUAAAUAAUUUGAUUUUAAAAAAUUCAAAAUUUUUGGUUGCGCCAACGUGAAGCUUAUUUAACUUCAGUUGUGCUUAUCGUUGACUCAUACGAAUUUUAAUGGAUGAAAGCAGAUGAAAGUCUUAAGCUAUAAAUUUGCAAAAAGGUAUAACACUCUUACAAAACUUAAUAAAAUUAACCAGAAAAUGCUAAAAAAUUAAAAUAGCGUAGAAUUUUCAUAAAUUUUUGACACUUUUUUUAUUGAUUUCUCGCUAGUCUUAUUUUUUUCGUAGAUUGUUACAUAUCAAUGAAAAGAUAUUGAAAAAUGAAACAAAAUAAGAUAUUUAUUUAUAAAUAAAAAAUCGGAAUUAUUGAGAAAAAAGGAUUUUUAAUAUUGAAAAUUUCAGAUUUGGAGAACUCAUGAAAAACUCAAUAGAAAAUUCCAAAACUUAUACGAGUCAUUAACAUUUAUAUAACAAAUAAGUGUGCAAACUUUGAGAGUUUUUCAUAAAGUCUUUGCUGAGAAAAACGAAAAACAUUAAAAACUAGCAUAUAUAAAAUGCGUUUUUUACCCAAAUUGACUAUAUUACUUGAAAAUUUUCCUAAAAUUUUCAUGUUAACAUAUUGGAAAUUUUAAUACCUUUUCAAAACUAUGCAACACUUUAUAUCUUAGAUACUUGUGUAAAGAACUAUUUAAGAAAUACAAAAAUUUUAAACGAUUUUUAACUCAAUUUAACCUCCAAAUGGCUUCAAUUAUGUUAAGUUCUUAUUGAUUUAUGUUUAGGAAAAAACGAGGAGCAAAACUAGACAAAAUAGUGAAAAAAAUGUUAAAAAGAAUGCAUUUUAUGAAAUUCUAAAGUCAAAUACUUUAUUUUUCAAGUUUUUUUUUGAAAAAAACUAUUUUUUUAAAAAACUGAUCAUGAAACUUGACAAAACUAUGACAUAUUUAUACUCAAAAGACGCGUUUUAAAAAGAUCUAUCAAUCUAACUUAAAAAAAUUAAAUUUUACUUAAAACUGAAAUUUUUAUGAUUAUUUUUCUUUUUUGACCUUGCUCGACAUACGACUUUCAGAGUCAAAAAAGUGCUCUUUGCCAAGAGAACACUUGUUCAUUUUACUGCAUUAAUUGAUAGCAUAUCCAGAGAGCUUUCUAAAUGUGAAAUAAAAUUCCACUACCAUGGGUAUCCCUGGAGCACUACAGCGAUUUUUGUCAAAAAAUUGGUGUUUUUUUUAUAAAAAAAAUUUUUUUCACUACCAAAACUUUGUUAAAAUUAUACGACAUGUAUGCAAAAGUUAUAGCUUUUGAUGUAAUCUUUAAUAUAAAAAAGAAAUUAGUAACUUUGGUUGUGCUUGUGAAGACCUACACAAACGGAAGUAUGACGAACACGUGGUUUUUGAGAAAAAUCAAGUUUUUCACAAAAUUUUCCAAAGUUUUUUGCAAUUGUUUAUACCUUAAAAUGAAGGAACUAUUUAAAGCUAUUACCAAAAAAAAAUUGAAGGAGAUUCAUCCAUCCAGUGACUGGUGAGAGCAUUUUCAAUGUAACGUGAAAAUGGUCGUCUGACCAACUUUGAAGUGCCAUAUCUCGGACAUGCUGUCGACUUAGGCAAAGUUUUAAGGACGUAAAUGUAGGACAGAAUAAGGACUAUCAUAUAAGCUGUAGAAAUAAUUUUUGGAAAAAUUUUCCAUUUCUGGCCCAUAGUGGAUCGUGCGAAGACAUAAACAAGUCCAUGGAAACCGCCAACUCAAAUUCCACGAACAAGUUGCUUAAAAACAAACAUAAUUCUGCUACUCAAGCAGUUCCUCUUCAGUCAUCGUCUGGAUUGGAUGACUAUUGGUUAAACGGAAGUAACAGAAGAGAUAGUGGAAGUACAAGUGAAUUAUUGGAUCAGGUUUGUGAAGUACAAGAUUGUUGUGAGCGCUUUGAAGACUUUAAAGACGUUGAAGAUUUAAGAUUUAGUGAGAAAGUAACGCCACUUUGUGUUAAGUGCCUCGUGCGAUAUUAUAAUACACGACCAUCAGGCAUGUCACGAUUGCCGACCAAAGAGCCAACGAGCUUAACAUCACGUAUCGGUGACAGUGUAAAUUCGAGUCUCGAUAAGAAGAAGCCUUUUUCACGUCCGUUUUCAAAGUCAAGAUUAGACACAAACGGAGCAAAUGUGAGAAUGCACAGUCCAGUUCCAAAUGAAUCGAAUGUUUUGUUACGACAGAAUCAAGAAUUGCGACAACGAUUACAAGAUGAGAGCAGCAAUUAUCGUCGUCGAUUGGACACUUACAAACAGGCUCAGUCUAAUCAGUCAGCACUGGUUGGUCGCUUGCAGGCUAAAGUUAUGCAAUAUAAACAAAAAUGUUCAGAACUUGAGACUCAAAUGAAUGAUACCACAGCAAUAUGUCCACAACUUGAUAGUUCAAAGUUAUUAGCAGCUACAUCAACACCAUUGCCACCACAAUUAUGCACAAAAUCGGCACUUUUAUCAUCACCAUCUGCAGCUCUAAUGAACUUACCACCAGUGUGUUCAGUGCUUGAUUCACCGCCAAUCACCAAGCCAGGUCCAAUUUAUUGUAGUGAUGAGUCAGAUGAGAGUUUUGAACGUAAACGCGUCGAAGAGGAACGCAAGUUUUGUGAUCAAUUGAUUGCACAGAACUCACAGUUGAGGCAUCAGCUUGAAGAGUCACAUCGCACGAAUGAAAGCUUGACGAAUGAUUUGCAGAAGUUGACAAACGAUUGGGAAAGUUUGAGGGACGAAAUGAUGUCAAAGGAAGAUGAAUGGAAAAUGGAGGAAGAGGCAUUUAACGACUACUACAAUAGUGAGCACAAUCGCUUGCUAAAAAUGUGGAAAGAAGUCGUUUCUGUCAAGAGAAUGUUCAAAGAAAUGGCACAAACCACAAAAAUAGAUUUAGGAAAGCUUCGAUGUGAGAUAUCCGGAACAACGCGUGAAGUGAGUGGAGCAUGCAGUGGUGUGUCUGUCAACAUGCGUAAUGCUAAUAAGUUGGAUGAAACUCAACACGUUCAAUUAGAGCGUGAGAUUGCGGAUUUAAAGUCACAGUUGUCGACAAUGAAAAUUCAGCAUGAAGGUGCACGCAAUGAAAUUCUUCAACGAGAUCAACGCUUACAACAAUUGUUGAAUGACUUGAAAAUCCUCGAGGACCGUUGCAUGCAAGCUGAGAAUCAAUGUACACAGAAUCAGCGACUUAAUGAGGAAAUUGAAAGAUUAAAUUCCGCAUUGCGUGAAAUUGCUCAUGCUGUAGUACAGGAUGCUGAUUCUGGUGACGGUGAGAAUGCCUUGCAUCUACAUUUAUCACAACCGAGUGGAGUUUCAUCAUCUCGAUCACCAAAACGUGGUGGAAUGAGAACCUCACAAGCAUUUGCAGAAGGAACAAUUUCAGCAGUUCAAGCUGCUCUCCAUAAAUAUCAACUUGCCAUUCAUGAUCUUCAAGUUAAACUACAGGCAAACAACGAGAACUUACAGCAAACAAAGAAGCAAUUGGACACAACAGAGUGUGCACGUGAGAAUUUCGAAGGAAAGUUUAAUGAACUUACCGACAAGUUAGAUAACACAAAUUAUCAGUUAUCGGAAUUGGUUAAGGAACGUGAUAGCUUACAAAAGACGUUAGAUGAUAUGAGAAGUGAUAAACAUUGCGUUGAACGCGGCAAAGCAGAAUUGAAUUCCAUUGUCGAUAGUUUAAAUAUGGACUAUGAGAAAUUGCAGCAUAUCAACGCAAAAUUGCAAAAAGCUGUCGAUUCAUUAGAAGAGGAGAAAAAAUCUCUUCUUAUUGAUUUGAAGCGAACGUCGAAGGAUAAGGAAAUCAUCGAGUUAAAUUUGAGGGCUGAGGAAGAGCGUUCAAGUAGAAUGCGAGAAGAAACUAUCACGUUACGCGAAGAAUUGAAUAAAUUGUAUCUUUCACGUGACUUAUUGGAACAGCAGAGAAUUGAAACAGACGGCUUACUAACAAUGAUGGAUAAACAACGUAUGGAUUUGGAAUAUGAAGUUGAGAAACUUAGCAAUGAGAAAACGGAACUCAAUAAUAAUCUCGAAAAAAAAUGCAGUUCCGGUGAAAAUCUCGAGCAUGAAAUUAAAGAACUGCGAACAUUACUUUUACAACUUGAUGAGGAAAAAGGAAAGCUUCAAAAUCUUUCCGCUGAACAAAAUAAUGAUAUUGCGUCAUUAAAAAAAGAGCUCCUUAAUGCGGAACAAAUGAGAUUGGAUUUAGACUCUGAGAAGCUUUCAUUGAGUGAAAAAUUAAAAAUGGUUGAAAUUGAGAAGGAGAAAGUGGAUCAAGAUCUUAGCACAUUGACACGUGAACGUGGGGAUUUAACAAAUCAAUUGACAUGCUUGACGAGGAAGAAGGAGGCAAUGGGUGAGGAAAUUCUCAGAACUCGUCAACGUCUCGAGCAAGCUAAUGAGAUGAAUAACAGAUUAAAUCGUAACCUUGAAGAGCUAGUUAAAGAAAAUGAUGAGAGACAGGUUGUAAUUGAUGCUCAGGAUAAAGAGCUUCAACGCCUUCAAGAACAACUUGCUGCUCUCCGGACCGAAAAAGAAUCACUUGAAGCUGUUUUAUUUGAUACCAAUACGACCUUGGAAGCAACAGAAAUCAAAAAGGAACAACUCGAACGUGAAUUACAAGAAUUGCUCGUUAGUCAGGAGUCAUUAAGAAACCAGGUCACACGAAUGAACAAAGAUCUCGACAAUUGUCAACGUCGUGCACAGGAAAUGAAGAUUCAAAUGACAAAUGCUGCUGCUACACAAGAAGCAGAUUUCUUACAACGAAUUGCACAUUUGAAGUCGCUAAAUGAUGAAAAUGUCAAAAAAUUGAAUGAGGAAAAAGAACAGAUCCGAAUGGCACUUGAGAAACGAAUGAAUCAAGCAUUGCAAACACUCGAGGGUGGAAAAGAUGCCGAGAUUCAUAUGCUAAAGGAUCAAUUAGAGAAUCUACAAAUGCAUUUAGAUGCGACAAUACAGCAGCAUGAGGAAGUGCUCAUUCGUGCAGAAAAUGAUAAGCAACAGGCACUAAUGUUAGCACAUCGCGAUAAACAAGCCGUCAUGGAGAAGUUAGAUGCAACAACACGUGACUUGAAAGCAGAACUUGAAAAUGUUGAGCGAUUGAGACGGGAAAUGGCAAGUCGAACAGAAAAAGAUCGAAACAUAAUUGGAGGAUUACGUGAAGAAAUGACAAAGCUAAAGAGUAAAAUGGAAGAGAGUCGAAUUCGUGCAGAGGAGGAAGCAAAUCGCUAUGAUUUACAAAUAGCAUCAAUCAAAGAGGAACGUGAAAAUGCUUGUCGUGAGAUUGAAGAGCUUAAAGUUCAAUUGCGUUUGACAGAGGAUAAAGCAGAUUCACUCAAUAAUCAGCUUGGCGAUACCGUAAGAAAGUUGCGUGAAACUGAAACCAGUGCAGAAAUGCUCCGAAAGGAAUUAACUGACACACGACGAAAUCUGGCAGAUAGCAACAUCGAAAAGGAUAAAUAUGUCACGUCAAAUAAAGAAUUGAGAGAUCACAUAAAGCGCGUCGAGGGACAGAAACGCGAACAGUUGAGAGGAUUAGAAGAUGCUCUACAGAAAAUUACGACACUGGAAGAAACACGCAGUACACUCGAGAAUGAUAAAGUUCGUCUCUCGACUCUUCUCAAAGAGUCUGAAAAUAAUGUUACGAAAUUGACACAAGAUUUGGGUACUGCCCAAAAUAGCGUUCAGAAACUGCAGGCAAAUGCGUCACAAAAGGACAACCUUGAGAAGGAAUUACAAGCUCGUUUAAAUAAUGAAAUGGAAGAAAAAGAACGUAUAUUGCAGGAAUUACAUCAGCUUAAAAAACAGUUCUGUGACUUGGACUCAAAUUUGCAUGCUACAAGGCAAGAACUAUGUCGUGCCAGAAGUAAAUGUAAUCAAGACGAUAGCCGAUUCCAUUGUCGUGAAGCUGAAUUAGUGACCCGCAUUGAGGAAGGUCGGGGACGAGAAAAACGUCUCGAGGAUCAAAAGCAUAACUUGGAAGUUUGUCUAGCAGAUGCGACACAGCAGAUUCAAGAAUUAAAAGCUCGUCUUGGUGGAGCAGAAGGCAAAGUUCGAGCAUUAGACGAACAAUUGAUGCACUCAGAGGCUUGUAAAAAGGAUACCGAAAUCAAAUUGAGUUCUAUCGGUCAUACAUUACGUCGUAUUGCUGGUGUUCAACUUGAUGGUUCUGUGACUAUGCCAUAUCGUCUAAUGAGUCCCUCAAGACGAUACAGUCCACAUCGUCCAUGUCCUAAUGAUUCUCAUGAUAGCCGAAGUUUGUCAUGUGAUAAUAUGAUUAUUGAUGUGGAUCCGGAACUUGUGCGUAAAGGUGUACGUACAUUAAUGCAUCAAGUGGCACAAAUUGAGCGUGAAAGGGACGACUUUAAAGCCCAAUUGUGUUCAGCUAAAAAGCAAAUUCACGAAUCUGGUGAACUGAACUGCCGUAAUGAAAAUAAGAUAUGCAAAUUGCAACAAACUUUACGUGCUGUACAAGAGGAGAAAGCGAAUGUUGAAUCAAAAUUAACACAAAAAACAAAUGCAUUGACAUCAGUCGAGGAGGCUCUGAAGAGUAAAACGGAUGAAUUGAAUAUGUUACGUGAGAAAAAUGCAGCAUUAGAGCUAUCAUUGGGCUCAAUGAACGAAGAAAAGGCACAGUGCGAAGAGCGUCUCGAAAAAUGUCGUCAAAGUGUCGCACGUCUUGAAUCGGAAAAGAGACAUUUGCAGGAUGAAUUGGCACGUGCUGAAGGAAGAGCAUCGAAAUUAGAUCUUCAACGUGUCGCAUUAGAAGGUGAUAUACAACGUCUUCAAAUGGCUUUGCAGGAGAAGGAGUGUGCUUUGAGAAAUGUUCAAGAGCGAUGGGAGCAGGCAAAUAAAUCGUCGACUCAGCUUGAAGAUAGAUGUGUCGCAUUAAAGACGACAAUUGAUCAAUUAAAGGAUCGUUUGCAAGCAGCUGCAAUUGCUGAGACGGAACUCAAAGCUGAAAUUAAUGGAUUGAAUAAAGAACGUUCUGAUCAAGGACAACACUUGAUAAUUGAACAAGAUAAAAUCAAGCACAUUCAAAAAUCACUGACAAACAGUGAAAAUGAACGUCGCGUGUUGGCUGAACGUUUAGAUCAGGCACAGAAUUCUGUUAACGAACUUCGUCGUACGCAGCAAUCCAAUCAAGAUAUUAUGCAACGCAUGCAAGAGCAAUUAGCUGAAAUGGAAGUCAAAAACUCGGCACUUGAAUCUCAAUUGCGUAUUAUGAAGUGGAAUCAAGAAAAUCCCGAUAAUUUCGGCAGUGGCGGUGGUGCAGGAGAUUCAAGUGACUUUAAGGAUCGUGAAAAGGCCGAUAUGAAGAGAAAAAUUGAUACACUGAAUGAGAAGGUUCGCAUAUUGGAGCAAGAAAAGCGCUACGGAGGUGGUAUUGGAAGUGGAGCAACAAGUAGUAAAUUUUCUGGUCACGUACAGUUCGACCGUUCAGAGAAAUAUGAUGGUCAUGGUGAAUAUGAUUCAAAUCGUCUUGAAACUGAAAGUCGUUUUUCAUGUGGCUUGGAUCAUGUUCAAAUUGAGAAUGAAUGCCGUGAUUUGCGCAUUAAAGUUCGUCGUUUAGAGACACAACUUGCUGAAAAGGAAGCUGAAUUGGCAAGAGCAAAGGCUAAAUUUGCAGAAAAUCCACCAAAAUGUGCUUCCAAUGAUGCUGAACGUUAUCGUCAAGCUCAAAUACAAGCUGAACGUUUGUUGGAUGCUCGUGAAAAUUCUCAUCGACAACAAAUCAUGAGAUUAGAGAAUCAGAUUUCAAUGUUACGUGAACAAUUGGCACAAGAAGCUAAGAGGAGACAACUCUUGUUGCUUCGUGGCUCUCGAGCUGGACGCGAAGCCGAACAAUUGAGACAAACCGUUGCCGAUUCGCUAAGAAAUGUGGCACAAGAACCUAUCGAUCCAGUUUUAUUGGAAAAUGAAACUAGAAGACUCGAUACAGCUGCCUCAAUGAGUUUACCACCAUGUUCCAGUCCAACAUAUCGUUAGAGAUUAAUAGUCGAUGAUGUAGAGCAAAAGAUGAAAUAAAACUUUUUCUAGUCAUUGGAUGUAGAAUAAACAGAAAUUAGCAGAAGAUGAUGAUUGAAUGCUGUUUGGCACAUCCAAAUUAGUUAUUUAAAGUUAUAGAAUAUGAAUUAAUUUAUUUGAUUAAUUUUUACUCCCCUCAUUAGGUUUUUAUUUCUAAUUUCUUAGAAUUAUAUUUGGAUUUUAAAUUUCCAAAAAAUUAACAUUAGGUUUGAGAGAUUAGUAGAUAAGUCAGGGGGUUGACAUGGGACUGUAAUGAAGUUUAACAUUGGCAAUACACUAGGUUAUUCUAGUCGAAUAUAAGUAGCAAGAAUAGUUUCUAUUGCUAAGAUGGUUCAUAAAAAUGAGAAGAAUUCACUGAUUUGAGAGAUAAAUAAAUUUACUGAGAAAAUAUGAUUAAGUGAGAAUUUGAGGUCAAUCUUCCCAAAAAGAUAAUCUUGGAAAAUCCUAACCUCAAGAUCUAGAUUAAACUCUUUCGAAAAUAAAUAAAAACUUCCUCAAUUGAUUAUCAUCCCCAUAAUUCAUAUCAAAUAUCAAGAAAAAUCGAACCCUGACUUUAAAACGCAUUCGUAAAUAUAAACAGUAAGUAAAAACUCUUAAAACUGCCACAAAUAAAUUCAAAAAAAGAAAAAAACAAAGAAUUAAUUGAACUUAUUGUGGGAGAAGAAUAUGCAAAAAAAAAUAUUGAAGAAAAAAUUGUGCAAGAAAUAAAGAAAAAAAAAAAUUAAAUGAAAAAAGUUUUAGCAACAAAAAAAUAUUCAUUAAAAAGUUUAAAAUUAUCGUGCAUUUUUUUUUUUUUUGAUAGAUUGAAUCAUUCAUUCAUUCAUGCUUAUAAUUAUGUAUC